AUGGAUGAGAUGGAAACUAUCUUCCAACAAAAUAUCCAGUGGGAAAUGUACGAAGAGGCAGUGCUGACAAGCAACAAAAACGAUUCAAAUUCGACAGAAAUACGAAAACGUGGCAACGUUCAUUUCAAACAGAAUAGGUAUGUAGAAGCGCUUGAGAGCUAUACCGCAGCCAUAGCCUGGGCCAAAAGCAAAAGAAUCACAGCCUUAGCUUAUUCUGGUCGAUCCGCAGUAUUGGCAAAAGUUGGCUUGGAUCAAGAAUGUUUAGUUGACCUUGAAAGAGCGUUUUAUAACGACUAUUCGCAGGAAUUUACCCACCAACUGGCACUUCGACGCUCACAAGUCAUCAAAAAACAAAACUCCAACCGUAAAACGCAAGUACUUACAUACCCAAACUAUCAUGAACAGGCAACUGCAUGUGAUAAUACUUCCUUCAAAAUCCACACUGACAACAAGUUUGGUAGACACGUAACGACCACACGAGAUAUUGAAAUCGGCGAAGUCGUACUCGUCGAUAAACCGUACACUGCAGUACUGCUACAAGACAACUACAUUUACUGCUCAGAAUGUUUAAAAGUAUGCUAUAACUUAAUAUCGUGCGACGCAUGUGCUAAAGCUCUCUACUGUAGCACAUAUUGCAAAUUUGUAGCUAGUAAAACGCACAAAUAUGAAUGUUGCCUGUCUGACGUACUUGAUCGCCUAGAAUCCAUCAAAGACGGCCUCGCCUUGGGCCUUAAAAUAACUUUAUUAGUAUUAAUCCAGUUCCGUCAGAACAAGUCACAUGACCUUGAAGAAAUUAUAAAAAUGGAGGCCCACACUAAUUCGCUGUCAUUGAGGAUGCACUUUACUAUUGCAUGGGUUUCUAGUAUAAUUUAUGUUCUACUGAAAAAACACACGGAUUUGUUUAAUGAUUUGGAGGGCAUGGAGGAGAUGUUUAAGGGAUAUUUCUAUGAAUUGGACGAAUUUGCCGACAGACCACCCGCUCAAAGUCCUUGCUCGCUUUUUAGGUCAAAGCUGUGGGAAAAAGCCCCCGGCGCGAAACCGCCCCCGAACGGAGGUGGUUGGCUGAGAAGUACCCCCUCUAAUCAGGAAGGUUUGUGUUAA